GGCGUUCACUCGGCAGGCACCACAACAAUCCUCCCGCUGUUAUGUACUUCUAACAGCAGCUGAGCUCUUCCUCCCUCCACUGCACGCACCGUCUUCAACUCUUCAUCCACAGAACACAACAGCCUCGUAACUUCGGAAGUGAAUCCCACAGCUUUUCUUAGGCCUCUUCGGUCUUCACCCGAAUAAACAGAGACAGCAUUAACAUCCAUAUUUCAGCGCUCGACAUUUACUAGAAAAUAACCAGAUAGUCCGAGCAUUUUCCCAAGACAACUUCAAGAUAUAACAAUGUCUGCCGACAAGAUGGAGCUUGACCUCACCGAAAUGGAGCUUGACCCAGUCAUAGUGGAGUCGGAAGAGCUUGACGCAGGCAACAAGGGAAGAGCCCAAAAGGAUGGGGAUGUGCAGAACGAUUCCGAUACGGAGGACCUUUCAAGUGUCGAGGACAGCGGGGACAUCAAGGACGUGGUCGAUAUGGAGGAUGGCGGUGACUCUAAUCGCGCAAAUGAGUACGAGCUCUGGGUGAAUCAGCAGCGCGAGCAGAGCAAGGCUAUUCUUGAACAGCUUAUGUCUAACAAAAGCUCCGUACUCCCGACUUCUUCCAAGAAGUCAGGUAGGAACAACCGCAUUACGAAGGCUCGUGUGCUAGACCAAGAACCCAGACGCUCUAAGAGGGUGAUGGUGCAGGCUGCAUGCCGGGAGAGUUUGGAAUCUCACACCGAUCCCGCCCCGCUGAAUCCCGCUAAGAACUACAGUCCGGAGCCGAAGACACCCAAGCUCCGUGUUGACGGCAAGCGUUUCGGUGCGAUCCCGGGCGUCAGCAUCGGCGACGUGUGGGAGUUUCGCAUCAAACUAGGCGCGGCCGGAGUUCAUCCUCCUCCUGUCGGCGGAAUCUUCGGGGGCCCAGAGUCGGGUGCGUACUCGGUCGUCCUGUCCGCAGGAUACCCGGAGGAUGUCGAUGAGGGCGACAAGUUCACCUACACCGGUGCGGGUGGCCGGGAACUGAAAAGGAAGAACUUGCGCACGGCCACACAGAGUAAGGACCAAGAACUCGUCCGUGGAAAUGCUGGCCUGCACAAGAGCUUCCAGACGGGAAAUCCUGUACGCGUAGUUCGCGGGUACAAGAACCCGUUAGGGCCCGAGACCGGGUAUCGCUACGAUGGCCUUUACAAGGUCGUCAAUGCGUAUACCGCCAAGAGCCAGGAUGGAAAAUUCCUGGUUUGGCAGUUCGAUUUCGAGAAGAUCCCCGGCCAAAAAACCGUGAACUACCAUGCAAAGGAAAUCAAAUCCAAGAACGAGACAGCAGAUACCAAUGCUGAAGCCGGGCCAUCUCCGCCUGCCACCGAUGGGGAGGACGACAUUUCUGGAGCCCUGACCUCGUCGCCUGCCACCGAUUCGGAGGACGAUAACACUGGAGCCCCGACCUCGCCGCCUAUCACCGAUAUGGAGGACAACAAUAAUGGAGCCGCGCUGUCACCGGCUACCACCGACACGGAGAACGACAAUGCUGGAGCCCUUACCUCGCCGCCUGCCACCUAUGGGGAGGACAACAAGGCUGACAAGGACGACUGUUGAAGGACAUACAAAUUGACGAGGAAACCUUACCGGUGUUUGAGCAGAGGACCGCCAUGGCCUAAAACCUUGGGUCAGUUUGGUCGAUUAAGGUUUGGAGUUGGAAUAGUGCGUCUUUCGGUCAGUUUCUGAGAUGAAUGGAGUUCGGUUGCUUUUCACGUUUUCUUUUUCUUCUUCUUCUUUUCUUCUUCUUCUUUAUCUUCGUGAAUGGUCAAUUAUCUAAGAAAGUACAUACUUCCUAAGUACAUUAGGUAGGUACAUCAGUAUGUAAGUAAUUGUAGAUGUGUUGAUGGGUUAUGCUGCGCUGCGUUGUAAAUUUGGAAAGGCUGGAUAAUACCAUUUGCUUCAAGAAUUAUUUUCUCUUUCUCUCUUUCUCUUUCCUCUUUUAUGUACC